GUGCGUGAGGACGGCGGCAUAAUAAAGUUUGUUGUCUCGGAAGCCUGCUCCCGGUAACCCAACCUGCAGUAGCCGAAGCCCAACGUGAAAUCAACAUGUCCGGCAAGCCCUGGAAAGUCACGUACUUCAAUGGUCGUGGUAGGGCGGAAAGUAUCCGGAUUGUACUCACGGAGGCUGGAAUGUCGUUUGAGGACGUCCGCAUUAACAAAGAAGAAUGGGAUGCGAUGAGAGAGUCUACACCUACCCAUACCCUCCCUAUCGUGGAGACGGACGACGGAGUCGUUCUCAGUCAGUCAUCGGCCAUCCUUAGGUUCCUUGGAAGGAAGUUUAAUAUGUAUAGCGAGGAUUUGAUGGAACAGUACAGAAUCGACCUUGUCAUGAACAUCAUAGACGAUCUGGUCGAUAAGAAACUUAUAUCAGCUCUUUUCGAAAAAGAUCUCGUUGUGAAGACAGAAAAAAUAAAAAAGGUUGAAGCUGAGGAUUUACCUGGAUAUAUGAAACUGUUGUCGAGGGAGCUUAAGGCAGGGGGUAGUGGCUUUUUCGUUGGAGCCAAGCUAACAAUAGCCGAUGUCAAAGUCUUCACUGUCUUGGAAAACAUGACCAGUGCUUUUCCAGAAACUAUGGAAAAAUGGGAUGAUAUAAGGGAAUUCAAAGAAAGAAUAGCAGCCCGACCAAAGAUAGCGACUUGGAUAAAAGAACGACCUAAAACUUGGUUUUAAUUUAUUUUGAGGACAUAUUGAAACAAUACAAGUCUCAUUUGUAUCAUUACCAUUAAUUUCAUUCGACGAACAUUAUUCAUUUUGAUUCGCGAUGGUGAUUUAUAUUUAUAUAAUUCUCUAGGUUCAAAAUCACAAAAUCCUCAAAAUAGCCAAGCUAGUUUUUAUUUCUCCCUCUGAAAAGCAAACAACAAAUCCAACAUGAAAUUAAAUUAAGUGUUCACUAUAAAGCACACUAAUAUAUAAACUGCAGUACUGAUUUUAUAGAAUUAACACUUGAUUUUGUAAUGAUUGUCAUUCUUAGUUAUUGUCAUACUGUACCGUUAUUAUGUGUUUGUGAUGUGCGAGAAAAUCUAAAUGGAUGCCUAA